AUGAAGUUUAUAAAUACCGUUUUCAACGACACAUUGUUUAUAAAAGAUAUCAUUCGAAGAUUAAUUUUUAAUCCGGAUCUUCAUAUGAUGAUACUAUCAAUUUUCUUCAUUACAACAGAUAACACAAAUGUAUUUUACAUACUUGAUUAUUUAAUUAUUACAGCUGUUGACUCAAUAAUUUGCUUUUUCACAUACAUUGUCCCUGGAUUAAAAUUAGAUUUGCCAGAACUACAAGCAGCAAAAGUAAAAGUUCAAUCGCCCAAUUUUCAAUUACUUUCCGCAUCAUUUGAAAUAAUCGUUGCUAUUUAUCUCUUAAGUCGCGCAAUUUACAAGCACAAGAAAGACCAUUGGUUACUAUUUAUCGCAUACUUCUUUUUGGUCAAUCUUUCGGGAGUUAUUACAUCAGAAGUCCAUAGUAAUGUAUGGGAAUGGGUUAUAACCCAUCUUAGAAGAAUUGGCCUUACAAGAGGCGGAAUUAUUGGCAAAUUAUCCGAAUCCAUUGCAGAAUUUUUAUAUAACAUUAAAAUUUCUCUUCAAAAGCUUUACCCAGUUAGAGACCUUAAAGUUCAUCUUGAAUAG